AUACAUUUCUGGAGCCGCACUUCCACACAGGCGCGCAACUACAAAAAACGCACCGCCGGCUCCGUUGCUCUUUGUCACCGCUGGAUUAAAAAAAAAAAAAAAAAAAGCCUCCCUCCCGCACCGCUCUCAGCAGCAGCAGAGCAGCAGCAGCAAUACAAAAAGACAUUUUUAUAUAUUCCCGGGACGCUUUUAAUUUCUCCACACUCGCCUGUGACUGAGAAAUGAAUCAUAAAGAUCUUUUACUGUGGAUUUUCCUGCAGUGCGCUUGUUUCUCUUCCGCUGUUGGGGAAAACGCUGUUCUUAAAGGUCAAGAUAGUGGAUUGGAUGAGUUCUCAACAGACACAAAGGCUCUCAAUGGCAUGAUCAAGUACAACAUGAGGAAGAGCUUAGACUUGGACCAGGAGGGCUGUUACCUGCACGCUGGCAAGAAGGAGUGUCUAGAGGAGUGUGGCUUCAACGCUACAGCCAAGACAAUCUUCAUCAUCCACGGCUGGACGAUAAGCGGGAUGUUUGAAAACUGGAUGUACAAGCUGGUCUCUGCAGUGAUGCAGCGGGAAAGCCAGGCCAACGUGGUGGUGGUCGACUGGAUACCCAUGGCUCAGCAGCUGUACCCCGACGCGGUCAACCACACCCACACCGUCGGCCUGGACAUCGCCGACAUGCUCAACUGGCUUCAGGAUGAGCAGCAGCUGCCUCUGCAGAACGUGCACCUGAUUGGCUACAGCUUAGGCGCUCACGUAGCCGGCUACGCAGGGACGUACGUACGAGGGACCAUCGGCAGGAUCACUGGUCUGGACCCAGCAGGACCUAUGUUUGAGGGUGCAGAGGAGCAGUGGCGCCUCUCCCCGGAUGACGCCGACUUCGUGGAUGUCCUGCACACGUACACUCGAGAGGCUUUGGGCGUGAGCAUCGGAAUCCAGCAGCCAGUUGGGGACAUUGAUAUCUACCCCAAUGGAGGCGACGUGCAGCCCGGCUGUGCUCUUGGCGACGUGCUGGCAGUGGCAGGAGAUUUCAUGGCGGUAAUGAAGUGUGAACAUGAGCGAGCUGUGCAUUUGUUCGUGGACUCCCUGAUGAACAAAGACCACAUGAGCUACGCCUACCAGUGCACCGGCCCGGAUCGCUUCAAAAAGGGAAUCUGCCUCAGCUGCCGCAAGAACCGCUGCAACCACAUCGGCUACAACACCAGGAAGAUGAGGAAGAGGCGCAACAGCAAAAUGUACCUCAAGACACGUGCGGACACUCCCUUCGGAGGUUACCACUACCAGAUGAAAAUGCAUGUGUUCAACAGAAAACAGGCCGACAACGCUGAUCCCACCUUCCACGUCAAGCUGUACGGCGCCCACAACGACACAGAAAACAUAUUUGUUGACGUCUACGACAACACAAUCGGUCUGAACCUGACAAACACCUUCCUGGUGUUUACUGAGGAGGACAUCGGGGACCUACUGAAGAUCCAACUGAGCUGGGAAGGAGACUCUGACUCCUGGGGCUCCGUCUGGAAGAACAUCAAGAAGUCUUUGUGGAGCUGGAACACCACGGGCUCCAGACCCGUGCUGCAAGUUCGGCGGAUUCGUGUGAAAGCCGGAGAAACGCAGAAAAAGUUUACUUUCUGUGCCCAAGACCCUUCAAAAACCGACAUCUCACCAGGGGAGUCGCUAACAUUCGUCAAGUGUCGUGAUGGCUGGGAAGUGAAACCAAGAAAACGGCUGCCAAUGUAACAGCUCGGCACUUCCAACAACCAAUGCACCGUCACCAUGGGGGACCCAACAUGGAUCAGAGAGAAGCACCGCCUUCUCUACAUUUGAGCACUUUUUGUAGGAGGAUUGAUGAGCGCACGGUGGAAAGGGGCUUUCCGUUCCCGUUGGUUUCUGGAACUGAGGAGUACGGGGUCUGUCCUGCAUGCGACACAGCUGCAAAACGGGGUGCGGGCUGAAAGCAGCGGCGGCGGCGGCGGCGGUGGCGGCGGACCCUGAGAUGUGCUGAGAUGGCGUCAGGAGUCACAGAACGUUCCUUUGUGUGGACUAGUGAAGUAGAAAACAGAUCUGUGCCAGAGGACGCACACCAGCAAUUGUAGUCGCUGUACUGUACAUUUUAAAAUAUAUUUUUUAUUUAUGGAAAAAAAGAAAAUGGAAGCACUGCAAGACCAACGUUAUUUAUCAGAACACAUCCCAUAAUGAAGCAUAUGUUGAAUGAAUUUCUUCCAAACGCAGUAUUUUGUGUGUAUGUUGGUGUGUGUGUGUGUGUGUGUUGUGACCGAGGAGUGUGCCUUUCUGCUGAGAGAGAUUACUGAUACACUGAAGGAGAUCCCUGUUCUCACUGCAUACAAUCAUUCUGAGGUUCUGUGCAUCGUGUUACUGUAUGUGGCUUAUUUUCGGGGUGUGUCUGUACAUAAUGUAAAUAAGUUUUUGGAAAAAAAAUAAAUUCACUUGUUAUUUGUAGAAA